UUUGGGAAAAUGCAUACGACUGCAAAGAAGUUCAGUGUGCCAGCAGGAAAUUAACCCCUUCGUGAACGGGGCCCAGGCUUCACUGCCGGCUUCCGCCAUUCCUGAGCGACGGCGGGAUGGCUUUCAGGAACUUGAACCGCUUCUGGGAAUGGGGGAGAAAGAUCAUCUGUGUGGGGAGGAAUUACGCCGACCACGCCAAGGAGCUGAAUAACCCGGUGCCCAGCGGCGAGCCACUGCUCUUCCUCAAGCCGCCCAGCGCCUAUGUGAGGGAGGGCUCGCCACUACGCCUUCCCUACUAUUGCCGUAACCUCCACCACGAAGUGGAGCUGGGGGUGGUGCUGGCCAAGGGGGGCAGUGACAUCCAGCAAGCAGAUGCCAUGGACUAUGUGGGAGGCUACGCUCUGUGCCUGGACAUGACGGCCAGGGACGUCCAGGACGAGUGUAAGAGGAAGGGCAACCCCUGGACACUGGCCAAAGCCUUCGACUGUUCCUGUCCCGUCAGCGAUUUCAUCCCCAAGGACAAAGUCCCCGAGCCACACCGCCUGACACUCUGGCUAAAGGUUAAUGGCCAGCUGAGGCAGCAAGGGGACACUUCACAGAUGAUUUUCCCCAUCCCCUUUCUUAUUCACUACAUCAGCGGGAUUAUUAGCUUGGAAAGGGGCGAUCUGAUUCUCACCGGCACACCUGCAGGAGUCUCUGCCGUGCAAGAACACGAUGAGCUGCAAGCUGGGAUUGACGACCUCGUCACCAUGAAGUUCAAAGUGGAAAGGCGUUAA